AUGGCUUCCGUCGCUGUCGCACAACCCGAGACCGUACCUCAACAGGGUACUUCCAUCCCAGAGCAGCCUGCCCCGGUGAUGGCUGCCCCUCCCGCGCCCGCCCCUGCGCCCGCCCCUUACGUCGCUCCUGCUCCUGCCCCGUCUGCCUCUCCUUCUGCCUCCCUGUACGUCGGAGAGUUGGAUCCCACCGUUACGGAGGCGAUGCUCUUUGAGAUCUUCAAUAUGAUUGGUCCGGUGGCGAGCAUUCGCGUCUGCCGUGAUGCAGUCACUCGCCGCUCCUUGGGCUACGCUUACGUCAACUACUUGAAUGCAGCUGACGGUGAGCGCGCCUUGGAGCAGCUCAACUACUCCCUCAUCAAGAACCGUGCAUGCCGAAUCAUGUGGUCUCAGCGUGACCCCGCUCUUCGCAAGACUGGCCAAGGCAAUAUCUUUAUCAAGAACCUGGACGAGCUGAUCGAUAACAAGGCUCUUCACGAUACCUUUGCUGCUUUCGGCAAUGUCUUGUCUUGCAAGGUUGCAACCGACGACCAAGGCCGAUCCAAGGGCUAUGGAUUCGUCCACUACGAAACCGCUGAGGCCGCCGAGAGUGCCAUCAAGGCUGUCAAUGGCAUGUUGCUCAACGACAAGAAGGUUUACGUCGGCUACCAUAUCUCGCGCAAAGAACGUCAAUCCAAGAUGGACGAAAUGAGGGCGCAAUUCACGAAUCUCUAUGUCAAGAACCUUGACCCUGAGGUCACGCAAGAGGAAUUCGAAGCCCUUUUCAACCAGUACGGCAGCGUCACCUCUGCUAUCGUUCAAGUCGACGAAGAAGGCAGGAGCAAGGGAUUCGGCUUUGUGAACUACGAGUCUCACGAAGAAGCCCAGCGCGCUGUCGAUGGCCUGAAUGACAAGGAGAUUAAUGGCAAGAAGCUAUUCGUCGCCCGUGCACAGAAGAAGGCCGAGCGCGAAGAGGAGCUCCGCAAAUCCUAUGAGGCCGCCAAGAUGGAGAAGUUGAACAAAUACGCCGGGGUCAAUCUUUACAUCAAGAACCUCGAGGAUGACGUUGACGAUGAGAAGCUCCGCGCCGAGUUCGAGCCUUUCGGCACUAUCACUAGCUGCAAAGUUAUGUGUGACGACAAGAGCAAGUCCAAGGGCUUCGGCUUUGUCUGUUUCUCGUCCCCGGAGGAGGCCACAAAGGCUGUCGCUGAGAUGAACAACAAGAUGAUGGGGACCAAGCCCCUCUACGUCUCACUUGCUCAACGUCGUGAAGUUCGCAGGCAACAAUUGGAGAGCCAGAUUGCUCAGCGCAACCAGAUCCGUAUGCAACAAGCCGCGGCAGCAGGCAUGCCCGGAGGCUACAUCAACGGACCUAUGUACUAUCCUCCUGGCCCUGGCUUCCCGCCUCAAGGACGCGGCAUGAUGGGCUACGGCGGUCCUGGCAUGAUGCCUCCCCGCCCCCGCUAUCCUCCUGCUAACGGGCAAGUUCCCAGCAUGCCCAUGGCCGCUCCGUACGGACAGGUGCCUCCUCAAGGUUACGGCAUGCCAUCUUACCCCCGUGGCGCCAAUGCGCCUCGUCCUCCUAACGCUCGCGGACCUCCUUCGCCCACUGCAGGCACGGUCCCCAUGCCCCGCAGCAACGGACCCCCUGCUCCUAAUGGCGCCGGUCAGCGUCCCCCUGUUCCUCAGGGAGUGCCAUCGCAAGGCCUGCCUCAAGUUGCGCCUCAGGCACGUCCGGGUCCUGGAGCCCCAGCCCCAGCUCCUGCACCCGCACCUGGCGCUAGUCGCCUUCCUCCUCCUGCUCAGCCAGCUGGUUACAAGAACCCUCAGGCUCGUCCCGCCGGGACUCCCAAUGCCGCCCCCCAGGCUAAUCAACAGCCUGCUGCUCCUUCGGCCUUGCCUGAGGCUCCUGUCAUCACCGCAGCCCAGUUGUCAAGUGCGUCCCCUAUGGAACAGAAGCAAAUGCUUGGUGAGGUUAUCUACAUGAGCAUUGCGAACUCUCACCCCGAUUUGGCGGGCAAGAUCACUGGUAUGUUGCUCGAGAUGGACAACAUGGAGCUCUUGCACUUGUUGGAAACUCCGGAUGCAAUGGACGCUAAGGUCAACGAAGCUCUCUCGGUCUUGCACGAAUACGCCAAGGAUGCUUGA